CAGCGCGAAGCGGCAGAGACGAGUGUGAGUGUAUUUGUGAAUCGCUCCCAAGUGCACUCAGCCCACACCAGACAAGACUCGGUAAACGGAGGGACGCACACAUUAGGAACGGAACCUAUUGAAAGGACUUAAGGCACGGCGCUUCACUACAAGGUGCAUGCAGCGGUUGAAGGAUGCUGUCAAGCCGCUCCGUAGUUGUGGAGUGCGGGUAGUGCACGCCGCGCUGCUCCGGGUUCAGGUCGUGUUACGAGACGCAGCGGUUCUCCGGUGCCUAGGUUGGAGAUCAUUGUUUGUGGACUUAACAUCACACUGGACUUUUGGGUACAUGCCUGCUCAGCAGUUGUCGAGAUUUUGAAGGACAUCGGUGGGCAGUAUUUAUUUAAAGAUUUUUCCCUCAAAGCCUAAAAGGUAGUUUUAACUAUACGGCUCCAAUUGGACUUUUUCGUUGUUUCAGUAUGGGACCUUAUACAAAAUGUCGCUCUGGGACAUUUGAUAUUGGACUGGAAUAAUGAAUUUAACUGAUAGAAAGAGUCAUAUUUCCUGUGAUCGCUUAUAUUCUUCUGAUAGUUUAGCGUUUUGUUAGCGAGAGUUUUUUUUUUUUAUCAUGUUGGCUUUGAAGAAAUGCGCACAGAAAACUUUGGAAUAUGAUUGGUCACUCGUGCAGCGAUUUAAGUAAGAGUGCUUUAUAUUUGUUUGCUUAAUUAAAGACAAAAAGAAGAGCAGUCAAGUGCACGCAUAAAUACGGAAACAGGGACACAGUUUACGUGCGUAUUUGGACACAGUCUGUCCCCUCUCUCCUCCGCGUCCUUGGAAAAGUUGAAAAACAAAAACAAUUGAUCAACAACAAUGAGAACUUAUUUGACGGAAAAACAGACAGUGUGCCGAUGUCUGGCAAACUGGCCGUCAUGUGGGAUUGAUUGCAGGGGAGUAUGUUUGGGCUGGAGCAGUUUGGUUCUCAGAUUAAUAGCAGAAACCCUGGCCAGUCAGAGAGAAACAUAAACCAACCGAGACUGAACAUGGGCUCCCAUUAUAAAAGCCCAGGUUUUCAUGCUGGAGGCCCGCCUGGAGCCGUGGAACCCGGCAUGGGCCCUCUGAGCGAGCCGCAAAUGCUAGGGCUCAAUAUGAACAUGAAUGGAGAGCAGUACGGGGGUUUUCACCCGCGGGGCCACUCGGACAUGCAUGCAGGUGGAGGACUGCAGCAGCAGCAGCAGCAAGGACCCAUGCAUGGAUUUUUUAACAACCAGCAACCUCAUCAAGGACAUCCUCAUGGCCAUCAACCUCAUCCCCACCAACCUCACCCUCAUUUCAGUGGGAAUUUUGGAGGCCCAGAGCCAGGAUCAUCAUGCCUGCAUGGUGGCAGGCUAAUGGGCUACAACAACAAUGGCAUGGGUCCACAGCAGGGCUUUGGAGAAGGAUUUGAUCCUCUUGCUGAGGGACAGGCAGGGGAUGGCUUUCCCCAGCAGCAACAGCAGCAACAGCAGCAGCGGCCUGGUAACAUGCCUGACUUUCAACAUCAUGGACCCCCCAGUGGCAGCCAUGCUGUCCCUGCCCCCUGUCUACCCCUGGACCAGUCACCUAACCGAGCAGCAUCCUUCCAUGGACUCCCUUCCUCCUCAUCCUCCUCCUCUGAGUCUCAUGGCCUAGAGCCUCGGCGGAUGCCCAACCAGGGAGCUGUAGAGGGAUUAGAGUAUAACUUUCCAAGUGAGCCUCCAUCUGGACAUUUUGAUGUACAUGUGUUCUCCCCAUCAGAAUCAGAAUCUCAGUUACCCCAUUUUGGGCCGGGAAGGCCAGUUCCCAGCGGAAAUUUCCCGGGGAACCCUGGCAUGCCACGGACCCCAGGUAUGCAGGGCAUCUCAAAGGGACACCAGCCACCACCACAGCCCCAGCAGCCUCCACACGGAGUGUUUUUUGAGCGUUUUGGAAAUGGCCGGAAGGUGCCCGUGGGAAUGGAGCCGGGGGUCAAUGCAAGACAUCCUCUCAUGCAGCAGCAACAACAGCCUGGCUUGAUAGCCAGACAAAACUCAUGCCCCCCUGGCCUCCCCAGACCCCCGCAGGCUGAGCCUGGCUCUACUAACCCUAACAUUCUGGACGGAGGGGUCAUGAUGCCUGGCCAACACAACCAGUUUGAAUAUCCCAUUCACAGACUGGAAAAUAGGGGUCUGCACCCCUAUGGCGACCCCAUGUUUAAUAUGCAACAGCCAGCUCCUCCUCCCUCCCAGCAGCCCCCGAAUCAGAGGCUGCAACACUUUGACUCUCCUUAUAUGAACAUGGCAAAAAGGCCUAGAUUUGACUUUCCAAAUGCACAUGGCGGGGAAGGCUGGUGUGGUGGUAUGGAUAACCACCUCUCUCCCUCUGCUUACCCCGGGCUGCCUGGAGAGUUCACCCCACCUGUGAGUGAAGGUUUCCCACCAGGCCCCCUGCAGCACCCGGGGCCUGAGCAGCAGUCUCUGCAGCAGCGCCAAAAUGCAGCCAUGAUGAUAAAACAGAUGGCCUCUCGCAACCAGCAGCAGCGGAUGAGGCAGCCCAGUCUGCAGCAAUUGGGUCACCACGGUGAUGUUCCUCCUGGCCCAAUGGCUCAUGGAGGCCCAGUCGGGAGCAUGCCUCAGCCCAGCUUUGACAGGGAGAAUGGUGGCAGGAUGCCCAACAUUGAUGGACAAAAUCCUCAUGUAACUCAGGAGAACUCCUGGUUCCAAGGGUCCCACCCUCCAGGGGAGAUGAUGUCACGGCGUAUGGGUGGAGCAGGUAAUGAAUCAGGCCCCCACGACAUGGGGAUGCCGCAGAAUGGGGCUGGGAUGAUGUUUAGGCCAGGCAUGGGCAUGCAGGAGCCCAUGAGAAUACCAGGAGAUGGGCAUGUACAGGCUCUCCAUUCCCCGGGCAUGCACUCACAGUUCAGCGGCAACAUGGGCAACCUCUCACAAAUGCAGUCUCCAGGAGCAGGAACAGGGCAUCCGAAUGCACCAGCAGAGAGGCGGCCAGCUGACUUCCCUGCACCUCCAAUGGGAGCACAGCCAACAUUUCCCUAUGGGGGGGCUAACCGUCAGGGGCCAGCCCACAGUGCUCCCCAGGGGGUGAGCACCUCACCAGGGACCUACCCUCCUCAGUCUGACUUCCCCCCAGGCCAGCGGUCGUCUGUUAGUAAGCUUGGAGCUCUGUCCCUCGGGAACUUCAGCAAAACCAGCACUAAAGACAGUGUUUUUGGCCAGAGCUGCCUAGCGGCCCUUUCCACGGCCUGCCAGAACAUGAUCGCUAGCCUAGGGGCCCCCAAUCUUAACGUAACAUUCAACAAGAAGAACCAAAAUGAGGGCAAGCGAAAACUGAGUCAGACAGAGCAGGACAUUAAUAGCAGCACAUCUAAUGGGACUGGCAGUGCUGGUCCUGAAUAUUUUCAGAGCAGCACUUCCCAGAACAGCCAGAUGCCUGGCACUGGGAAUAGCAACUCUAAGCCUGCAAGUCAAAGCCAGACGGUGCAGGGGGAAGCCAGUGCCCUCUCCCCAAAUUACAACAUGGACGCUACCCCUUGCAGUGAGGGGAAGGCAACAACAGGGAGUGGGAGAGGGAGAGGGAGGAGAAAAAGAGACAGUGGACAUGUGAGCCCUGGAAUUUUUUUUUCCUCUGACAAUGGUAACCCUGUUGUAAGUCCAGGCCAGCAGACCCCCUCGGCUGGCGUUGGGGAGAGGGGUGGGGGAACGCCCCAUGAGAAACACCUCCAGUCACCCUCCUGGGGAAAAGGAGGCGACCUAAUGUUGGGGGACCAGGCCGACCUGAUGUCUUCUUUGGACAGUGGCAUUCAAAGUGUCGCCAAGUCUGACAGUAGCUCACCACGAGUGGACUUUCCUGACGAUGUCAGCACCCACUAUGGCAACGAGGAUGAGGUGUCCUCCAGCUCAGAUGCAGGGGGGGCCUCGGCCACAAAGCCUAAUCGCAGCCCUAUGAUCUCUGGCUCGCCCAAAAUGCAGAGGAGUGACCAUGGGUUGAUAAAUGGACAGAAGCCCCUAGGCAUGGGCAUUAACAAUCAUACUACCUCGACACCAGACAGCUAUGGACUGAAUGCUGGUGGGGGCACAGGGGCCAGUGGAGUGAGCCACCCAGGCACUCCUGGGGUGGAGCAGGUACGCACCCCAUCUAGCACCUCUGGCCAGGAAGAAAUCCAUCCUCUGGAGAUUCUGCAGGCCCAGAUCCAGCUACAGCGGCAGCAAUUCAGUAUCUCUGAGGACCAGCCACUGGCCAUAAAGAAUGGCAAAAAGAAUGGUGACUGUCCCUCACAGAACGGAGACAAUGAGCUGGCAAGCUGCAGCCCUGAUGCUGGGAAGGGCUCAAUGGGCACUAUUGACCUUGACACCCUCAUGGCAGAGCAGCACGCCACCUGGUACGUGCCCAGUGACAAGGCCAUGAUGGAGGGGUCAGAGGAUGACAAGGCCAUGGGACCAUGGGAAAAAAAUAAAAGCCAAAACAACAGUAAAGAAGAAUCAGAACUGUCCCAGAUCAAGACUGGAGCUGGGGCCCCAGGAGCUGGAGGAGGAGGUGGGAGCAGCGGAGGGAACCACCUGCAGUGCCUGUCCGUCCACUGCACAGACGAGCUGGGGGACAGUAAAGGCCGAGGGGGGCCCGUCUCGUCCUGGCGCUCUCUCCACUCUGAUAUCUCCAAUCGAUUUGGGACGUUUGUGGCGGCACUGACUUAAACAAAAAGCAGACUCAGCAGGAAGAAGGAAAUAAGAUCACAAAUUAGGAUGAAGAAAAGCGUCAAAGAUAAAUAACGAUGAUAAGAUGUCGAUGAGACAACUGCGAGCAGCUCCUGCCUGUUCAGGGACAGAAAGACAUUUACACUCAUGAAUGCAAACACGACCACAGACACUCACUCAUACACGCAAACAUACACACAUGCAAAUACCAUGUUUUUCUGAUACAUGCAGUCACACUUUAAGACACUCUCUCACAUACUGCUGGACAAUAUAGCGCGAGUUUUGCUCAACGAUGCCCGUAUCUGGAAAACCUCAAAUCAUUAUUAUUAUUUUUUUUUUUCUUUGUUGAAGAAAAGUAAAGAAAUGUCAAAGGAGGAGAAUACAAAAGAAGAAGAAGCAGAAGAAGAGAUAUUCUGUUGUCAUUGGCUUUGAUUGUAUACCAGUGUUGAGUCUUGUAAUGCGACCAUGAUCUCAUGACUUUUACUCCUCACAUCUCACCUCAGUUGCGGUUACCGCUCAAAUGUGUACAUCAUUCUUCCAAUAAAGGCAACUCUCCCAUUUUCUGCCACACACCCAAAUUUACAGUCUCCUGAUAUACACAGAAAUACUGUGAUAUACUCAAUUAAGGCCUACUGUUUCAUUACAAGUGGAUGGAACACUGAGAAGCAGAACUAGAGGAAGAUGGGAAGAGGGGAGAUUAUGCAUGAAUGUAACUCAUCAAUUUGUUUUGUGGACACAACUUUUUCCCUCUUUGUCAAAGCACAUUUGAACCAUUGUCAUUUGCUGCUCUUAAUCAUUUAAGAUUUGUUGUAGUUCUCUUUUCUUUAUAUUGGCAAGCAUAUCUUUUUCCUCAUUCUCUUCUCUUUUCUAUCAACCAUAUGAGCUCAACCACUUGUAUACAAUUCAGCCAAUGGAAACUAAACAUGGAGGUCAAGGGAUUGUUUAAUAAGGGAAUAAAAAAAAAGACUAUUGGUAUUGCACAUGUAUAAUAAGAGAAAAUUUGCUGUGUGUUAGGCAAUCUUGUAAUCUUUAAAUAAAGCUUCUGUUGAAUUUGAAUUUCUGAAACAAUAGAUGGAGGACUGUGACGGCAAUUUACGAACAGAUUUUUUUGUUUUCUUUUGUUUUUUUAAUAAUAUGUAAAGUGCAGUCGUCUGUUUUCCUGCAUAUUGUAUAUAUCUGUAUAUGUUUUAUUGAGUAACUAAAUAACAAUAAAUAUGACGUUAAAGGUG